AUGCCUCCGAACGGCGACGCCUACCUAGCUAGACCCGACGCACCUGAAGGUGCUACGCGCUUUCCUCAAGCGCGUUUCGCUCCUUCUACGCCUCAUCGCACGCUGUAUGUUUCCGGCACUGCAUGCGUAACCCCAGACGGAGAAUGGCCAGGCGUUACCGAGAAUUCUGACGGCACGCGGAUAUUAGACAUCAGGCAGCAAACAGCUGCUGUCCUGAAGAACAUCGACAACAUCAUUAAGGGCGCUACGAACGGCAGUGGUGGCGUCGAAAACCUGAUCGAUGCGGUGGUGUAUGUCCUGGACAUCAAAGAGCAUUAUGUCGGCAUGAACGAAGAAUGGAAUAAGGUGUUCACGACCCGGGCAUCGGCUCCAGCCCGAGCAACAAUUGCCGUGAAAGAGCUUCCAGACCCAAGAAUGAUCGUUGAGAUCAAGGCAACUGCAGUGGUUGCGGCCUGA